AGUUGUCGAAUAGCCCCCAUUCCAAAUAGCUUUGUAAUAUUUUGUAAAUUAUUUUUUUUCAUCUAUUGGCUGUUAAUUUGCAGACCGUAGCAAACGAUAAGUUUUUUGGGUAAACGAGUUCCGGCGACAUGAUUAGGGCGGUAUUUUUCCAGUGAAAGAGAGAGAAUACAUAGCCGGAGGCACGAGCCAUAGAGAAAAGAAUGGUUACCUAUACUACCCGCUAGGAGGCGUGCAGUGUUCUGCGCUGGCUGGCUCGCUUUCUGCUAUUCCGUGGCUGUUGGCCGCACGGUAAAAAAUGUCUUUCUCGGGACAACCGAUCGUUUUGAAAAACUUGCGUAGAAUCCCGCCUAACACCGCCAAAGUUAUUCGCUUGCAAAAACAGUUUGUCGAAGCUGUACAGCGAUAUCAGGAAUUGAACGAAAGGCCAGAUAAAGAUGAAGCGAUUCUUGAAGAAUUAUUACAAGAAAUAGCCAUCCUCGACAAGUCUCAGCGCGAAGAGCUCAACCUUGUAAGAGAAGCCGAGUUGAAAUGCAUCUCUCAAGAAAUUCAGAAUGAUUUGUUCCGUUCUGAGACAUUGAGCGAACCUGGACUACCUGCUCAAACCGGGGAAUUUAGCGAAACCGAAGAUGAAUUCCCAUCAUCUCCUCAGGAACUAACAAACACUGGUCAAGACAUUUCAUCAAGUCCUGUCUCAUCGUUGGCUUCAGCUGACAACUUCAAAGAACCUAAUGAAAUGGCUGUUGUUGAAGAGAUUGAGGAAGAACUUGAACAACCGUUGGAAGAAACACCAAUGGAUUGGGAAGAUUUGACCAGAGAACAAUGGUCAGAGUCUGACAGACUGCUGCAGAAAGUAGAGAAAGUAGGGUCAAAAGUUCUUCAACGUGACUUUAUGUCUGCUGUUGAAUUGGUCCAUGUAAGUCAGUACAAGAAAUCAGAGGAACUAUUGAACCAGAGAAAAGCAAAGGCUGUUCAGGGUAAAAAAGUUAUUACAACUGGCCCUUGGCAAAUCAUUGAUAUUCCAACCAAGGUUUCUAACCGGAGAUGCAACUACUUAACUGGCCUGCACGUAACCAUUAGGCAGAAAGAUCCCAAACGAUCAGUUUUGGCGACAAAUUCUAUGGAAUUCAGCGGAGUUAAAACUCGUCAUCACGACUCGCGAGGAUCAUCUCGGGCUUCUUCCCGAGCCUCAUCUCCCAUUUUCUCUCAGACGGAUAGUCACAACGGCAAAGAUAGUUACACUUCCGGCUCAAACACCAAACACUUAAGAAGUACCAAGUCUCGUGCCAAAGCCAAGAAAGCGCCGCCUCCAACACCUAGCAAGACUAACAACAAUAACAAUAAUCAACAAAACAAAUCAAGUCCGUCAAGUAAAACUGCAACGUCCACCUCGAGUCCGUCGAAUAAAUCAGAGACUGUGGAUUCCAAUAGCAAAAAUGGAAGUCGAGCUCUAGAACCCUGCGUCACCUACACGGUUGUUGAUGGUGUGCCUCAUUUCAAAGUAUUUUUCCCUUCGUCCAAAGACUCCAUAACUAGCCCAGCAGCUGGCGGUGUCCCUAAGGCGGCUGUUAAUGGAUCACCGUCUUUUUCUUCACCUCGCGCUUCCAUCGUAGAAAGUGAUAUCGAAAUCAUACAGUCUCAAACUUCUACGGAGAAUGGUAGCAGCCCUCGUAUUACGCCAGAGAGGAAGAUUAAACCGUCGUCGAAACCCAUCAAGAGACCUCGUUUAUCGCACCAGGGUUUCAGUCCGUCUACAACACCUAUCAAGGCAGGACCGUCAAACGCAGAAACGAUGCCCAAUCCAGCGGCAACUAAAGCGGACGAAAGUGGCAACAAAGAAGAGAUGGGUCGAUGCAUUGAGAAGUGCGGCAGCUGGAUGGGAGCUCCACAUUUCAAAUUCUAUCGCACGUUUCCGUCUGUGAACGCGACUGUGGCAUCAUCCAAUUGGUCAGGAUCCGCAAAUUCAACAGUGACGACAGUCGUACCUCCUAAGCCAGUUGUUAUAGCUCCAGCACCUAAACUCUCGUCUCCUAUCACGACUCCCAAGUUGGCCAUCGCUCCUAAUAACGCGUCGUCUCCCUCAACAGCCACAACUUCGCUGCCUGCCAUGCCCAAGUUAACGAUGGGAAAUCAAGGAUUGAAGAAUUUAACUCCACCGUCAUCGGCUCCUAUGAAUUCACAGGUCGGCAAAUUUGUCCCCAUCGCCCCCAAGGUUCCAUGUCUAGCCGGAGGAGUAUCCAACUUUGUCAUCGUUCCUUUUGCCGAUAAGAAUCACGGCACUAAUCAGUCGGCCGCCAUCAAGAGACCCAUAUCACUGUUGAAGACGUGCCCACCUCUUUCCAAUUCACAAAAUCCUUCCACUGCUGGUACGUUUCUGACGGUCAAGAAUUUGAAGGAGUGUUUUCAGAAUAACAAGCAGUAUAAAGAUAUGAAAGUGGUCGUCCAGAAAGUCCCUGUUGCAGUGCAGGCGCCAUCAACAACAACAACAAGUCCGGCAACUGGCGGACAUCAGUCACCUGGUCAACGAGUUUCCCCGGCCGCCGAUAACAACGACGACUUGAAGAAGACGGUGGUCAAGCUCUUUCCCUCCAGGGACAACAAGGAACAGGCCAACGGUGAUGAUUCUCGUCAUCUUACGUCGCCCACUGUUAUCGUGGCCGACAUGUCGAUGUAGGAUUUAAUUUGUAAUUUUUUGUGCCCCUCCAAAAAUUAGGGGAAUAUGUUUCCCCCCUCGUUUAAUCUUGUUUUCCAUUCAUUUUUCUUUUUCUUUUGAAGACUUCAAACUUGAUUGCUCUUGUUAUCACCUUUUUUGAAUCUUCUUACACAAUAACCUAGUUGCCCGAAUUCCCCCUCACCCUGAAUCCCUCGAAAUUCGAAGUAAAGACGUUACGGAACCGUUUUUUUGAUUAAUGAUUAAAGUGAAAUUCCACGUUCUGAUGAUGUCGUGUAUGAAUGCUGUCCUUUGUGUACGUACGAUAUACUAGAGUAUGCCAGGUAUCGGUUAUGUCCGCGAAAAACAAAAUUGUUUCUUUUCCUCCUUUCCUCUCUCCUCACUCAAACCUCUUUCUAAUCGUUUAUGAAGAAGAAAUUUGGUGCGGAUUCCGGAUACCACAAGGGACGACAUAUGUAGUCAGCGGAUGAUGAUGAGGAAAGAAUAUGGCGCACCCUUGUCGUAGCGUAUAGUUACAAAAUACACCUAUUAUCUUAUGUGAA